AUGCGCUGGUCUUCGGUUGUCCUGGCGCUGUUGGCUACAACUCAAAUUGUCAGCUGUGAUCCUUUGGAGAAGUCGGAAAAUGAGCGACGAUUCCAAGAUUGUGGAAAAAAGAUGGCAUCAAAAGUGUACAUGGGAAGGGACGCUCAACAAUCAGAAGCUCCUUGGUCUGUCUUAUUUUUUCUUUUCAAGAAAGAUAGAAAACAUGCAACAACUUGUACUGGUACCAUUGUUUCACCUCGUCAUGUUCUCAUCGCCACUCAUUGUUUUGCCUUGUUAAAUGAAGGUCAAUGGGAAAUUGAAGGAAAACAAUUGGAUCGGAAACAUUGCGAACAAGAUGAUUACCUUAUCACGGAUGACAAUAUUCUCGAGAGAAUCCAGAUUCAAUCAGACGGGAAAGCAGUUGCUCGGCAUCCUGAAAAAGUGACAUUAGUGAAAGCAUGUAUAAACAGAUCAGCUGUCAAAACUGCAAACAAGUACACCAAUGUGACACAUCAGUACUAUGUUGACGAUUUCGCUAUUAUUGAUUUAUAUAACGAUUUGCCCUUAAACACAAUGCAACAAGUAUGUGUAGCAAGUAGUGAAUCUGAAAACGCAGUGGACACGGAACUCGACUAUUUCGGUUACGGAUUGAAUCCUCCGGAAGAUAAAGGUUAUGAUCAAGCACCGGAUAACACUGGAGUUCUGAGACAAGAGACGGUUAAAGUUAUUGAUAAACCAAUGGAAGACUAUUACUUUUUAGCCAAAGAUCCAAAUUCAAUAACAGUUGCUUGUACGGGUGAUAGUGGUGGUGGAGCAGUAAAAGAUGUAAACGGUCAGAAAACAAUUGUUGGAGUUUUGUCUCAAACAAACUGUGCCCAUCCUAAAUAUAGAAACGAUGAGGCUAUGGAGCAAUAUGCAUCGGUUGGAUAUUACAAUGAAGACGUUUGUAGAUUAACUGGAAUAUGCGCUGAUGAUCAACAAUACGACAAGUAUCACAGCGGUUAUACUAAGAAACCAAAGCCACCGCGUCCAACUGAAUCUCCAGUUAUUCCACAACGACCAGUCGGAGGAGUAGCAGUAGAUCCAAACGGAACACCUGGAAAGUCUCCUGCUCCAAGAAACCAAGAAGCGACAGAGGAAUCGAUCGACCCCACUCAAGAUGCUCCAGAAGAUCAAAGCUCGUUGAAAGUAGAUCCAAAUGGAGCAAACAGUGGAUACUUUCAUACGAUUCUUGCUUUGGUUUCUGUAUUUGUGAUGCUUUGA